CUCUCGUCUAUUCGCCUAACUCUCUCGAGCAACAGCCGCAAAACCUCCAAUACUCCCAAUUAUUCUCUUCGAGGGCCGCCGCCACACUGCUGACCUUCGAACCAUCGGUCUCCGCGCUGGUCCCGCGUCCUCCACCUAUCUCGAGCAACGCCUCCGCUCUCCACCGAGCCCUAUCCUCCGUCCGGCGGUCGACGCCGCGCCGCUGAUCAUAAAAAUGCCGGCUUUCGUGGCCGAUACGGCGGUUCUCUAAGGCUGAUCCGGCGGUCCCUCACCUCUCUGGAGCAACAGCCCACGAGACCACCACCCAGCCCCAGUCUUCCAUCCGACGGCUCGCUGCUGACCUUCGAAACGUUGGCCUCCGUGCUUGAUCUGGUGAUUCCUCGCUUCAUCCUAUAUGAAGAAGUGAUAUUUCCAUUCCCCCGCUUUGUUCUCGAGAUAUAGACGAGCUGGAUGAGAGCUCGAGCUCGGCUCGAUUUACGCUUGAAGACUGAUUAAGCCGAGGUCGAGUUAACUGUCUGUGGAAUUUGGAUUUACUUUUAGCUCUGGUUCUUUGGGUGGCUUGAGAUUUUGGGCUCGAUUCAUACACACAUUUUCCAUUCUUGAAGUUGAUUGUAGGGUGCCUAAAAGGGCUCAAUUUGAGUCCUAGUGAGGCAAGGGAAGGAGGUUGGCUGAGUCUAUUUGAAAGGCCAUUGGGGUCGGUUUCUGGUCAAUCAUGUGGUCAAAACUCAAGUAGUUGAAACACUGACCGGGCGCUCUGAGCAUGGAACAGUCCAUGCAGCCAUCUCAGCCGGUGAUGGGAGUUGUAACUGGUGCUGCCCAAAUAGCAUAUGCUGCUCCUACUUACCAAUCUGCAGCAAUGGUAACUGGGGCUCCAGCAGUAAUUGGAGCCAUGGCACCCCCUGCACAACCAACCUCAACCUUCCCCACUAGCCCAGCCCAGCUCACAAGCCAGCACCAGCUUGCUUACCAGCAGGUGCAACAGUUCCAUCACCAGCAGCAGCAGCAACAACAGCAGCAGCUCCAGGCCUUCUGGGCCAACCAGAUGUUAGAGAUCGAACAAGCUGCGGAUUUCAAGAACCAUAGCCUGCCGCUUGCUCGGAUAAAGAAAAUCAUGAAGGCUGACGAGGAUGUCAGGAUGAUCUCAGCUGAGGCCCCUGUGAUCUUUGCCAAGGCAUGCGAGAUGUUUAUACUGGAGCUGACACUAAGAUCGUGGAUCCAUACGGAGGAGAACAAGAGAAGGACACUACAAAAGAAUGAUAUAGCUGCUGCUAUAACCAGGACUGACAUAUUUGACUUUCUAGUUGAUAUAGUUCCCAGGGAUGAGCUAAAGGAAGAGGGCAUUGGGAUUGCCAGAGCUGCUUUGCCUACCAUGGGUGCUCCUGCUGACUCAGUCCCCUAUUACUAUGUACCAGCACAGCAUCAGGUGGCAGGACCAGGGUUGAUCAUGGGGAAGCCGGUUGAUCAAGCAACCACGGCAGCAAUGUACGCUGCCCAGCCACCUCAUCCAAUGGCUUACAUGUGGCAGCAGCCUCAGGCACAGCCUCAGCAACAACAGGCGCAGCACCAACAACAAAUGCCUGGCAGCGGCUAAAUGUAUGAAAAGGAUAGGGAGCUACUUAAUGGGUCAGGAAUUUUCAGUCCCAAAAAGGAAGGUUGCUCGAUGGAAUGGCAUGGACUCACCUACUGUACAAGUGAUUGUUAUGAUUAGCUUUCAAUAGACCUCUUGUUGGUUUGUAGGUCAAGUAGAAAAAAAACCUGUAUUUUUCUGACGUGGUAGGGAAUAACAUUCUUAAUCUAAAACUGAUAUUGGUGAUCUCGAGAGGAUUUACUGGGAGUGGGGACCAUGGUUUUGGAUCUUCAGACAGUUCUUAUUUGCUCAUCGUAUGUUACAGUGGUAAAGAUGGGAGUCGCAUGGAAUGCAUGCAAAAGCUUUACUAG